CGUUACUUAAGGCUAUGGAAUCACUAGGAUCUGAGGGAACUUGAUAUCCGAGCGGUGAUUUCCUUGCAGAACACCUAUAACAUACGAUAUCUCUAUCUAGAAAUUUGGACGUCUUUGAAUGAACUAAGAUGACUGAUAGGGUAUCCUGCAGCUUGAGUGUGGCUUGAGCGGCAACUGGUGUGGCGUUGGCUGCGGCUUUACCUCGACUAUGUCUCUCCCAUUAUAUUACCUAAUGAGCCUUGGCUUAGCUAUAGUAGGAAAGAUGUCAAAGGCAACAAUGCCUCGACGCCAUCCUCUGGUUCCUGACAUGCAUCACAAAAGAAAGAAACACACAAUCCGAACCUUGUUGAAAGAAAGGGACGGUAAUUGUAUUCUUGUGUGCUGCCUGAACAUAGAGAAAAAGCAAGACAAGACAAGCUCUAUGUGGAUGACAAAAGGAGAUACAGUUGAUGGAGAUUACGCAAUAUCAUCUCCUUCCACACAUACUCCCGGAUCUGUGGUAUCUUUCAUGCCGCACCCCACAACCUCUCUCUUGAUGUUCAAUCACACCACAACGCCCUGCUCCGAAUUUUCAUGAUGGAAGAUCAAGCAACUGACUGCGGGAAUCAGGAUAUGCCCCUGUCUCGAUCUAAAAUGACUAAUAAACAU